AAAUACCUGCGCUACUUAUGAUUUGUUUUGUGUCCAGGGUCACAAAUGACAACUUGUCGAGUUCUUAUCUUGGAGGAACGUACAUUAUAAUUAUAAUUUCAUGGACAAGCCGGUUUUUAUUUUUUCUGAAAGUGGACUCAAACGAAGAAACGAAACUGAAAGUAAGCAGGAGGGGGCGUGAUCAACCAGUAUACAGAGUAGGCUACUGACUCAUUCCUCGUUGACCAGAAAAACCACGAUGGAUGAAUAUCCUUAUUCCAUCAUUGUAGAAGGAGAUUGGGGACCUGAACACGCCAAAAGUGUUAAAAAUAAACUUCAGAUUUACUUUCAGAGUAAGAAAAAAUCUCAAGGAGGAGACUGCGUCGUGAAAUAUAAGCCUAAUGACGGGAGCAACUCUGCUACGAUUCUGUUCAAAUCACCUGACAUCCGAGAUGGCGUGCUCUCAAAGGCAGAACACAUUAUUAUCAUUGACAAUCAACAAAUCAAGCUGAAAGUGUACAAACCCAGCGAUGUAGAGGAACAGGCAGACAGCACUGGACAAAGAACAGAGCAGGCAUGUGGAUAUCAGGAACCAAAUCAAAGUGCCUCUCAGACUGAUGUGAAGAAGCCUCAAGAGACAAGUGCUGUGGUCCUGGAGAACCUUCCAGAAGAUGUUAAACAAGACAUUUUGACUCUUUUGGUGGAGAACAUCAGCUGUCUUUCUGAAAAUGACUUUAGCAUGGAAUUAAUACCAGGAUUAAGAAAAGCAGUUGUGAACUUUAAAAAUCCCAGUGCUGCAGAAAAGUUCCUUGAGGACAGCAGGACACAUGAAAAAUUCAAGAGGAAUAAUCUGAGGGCCCGUGCACUGGAGAGAAGCACAUGUGUGCGGGUGGAGGAACUUCCAGCUGAGGCUACCAAGAUGCUGCUGGAACUGUAUUUUGAGAAAUGGGGCGGUCCAGUAGAGGAAGUUAUCACAAUUCCAUCAGAGCAAGCAGCCAUGAUUAUCUUUAAGGAGGAAGAAGCCAAACAGAGAGUUUUGAAGCAAGAGAAUAACAUCUGUGAUGUUCCAGUCAAGAUAUAUCCCUACUUUAAAUCACUGGGUACAGUCUUAUAUGGUGGCAACAGGCCAAAUUUGAAGCUGCCUGAACCCAUUACAGUCAGUGUACAUCCUGCCAUCAGGGAGUUCAUCAUCAAGAAAGGGCAGAUUUCCUCUAUUAAAGACCAGAUGAGCUCACACUUCUGCCACAUAAACAUGGACAAACCAGAAGUUUUGCUCAGUCCUGAUCCAGCAUUACUGAAACAGAAACAAGAUGCCAUUGAUGGCUGGAGUAAGAAUGCCUUUGAUGCCUUCAAGAAAAUGAUCUCAAACUACACAACAUCUGAGUGGCCUGUGUCACACACCCUUUUAUUCAAUGUGGAAAUUAAUAUUAAGAAAGUAGUGAAAGAUCAGGUUUUAAUAGACUUGGAUGCCCCUAAAGGGGUCCUGACACUGGCAGGGAUGACCCAUGAGAUAACUGGACUGAAACCCAUCAUAGAGAAGUUUUUGGAGAGAGGAACAGAUCAGCUGAAGAGAGAGAAGAACAGUGUGACAGAGGACAUGGAGAUUUCUCCUGCCAUGUACUCUCUGCUUGAACAAGAUGGCCUGACAAGUGCUGUUUCUCCACACCUGCACAUUGACUACAACAAAAAAAUGAACAGACUAUUUUUUUCAGGUCUUCAUACAGAAACUCUUGCCUUUAAAAAUUGGGUCCUUGAGAAGAAAAUAAAUAUGAAAAAGAAGCACUUACAGAUUAACUAUUCAAUCCUAGAAUUUCUGAGAUCAGUGGAUUGUGAUGAAAUGUCCAGAGAUCUCUUUAUAUCUCAUGGAAUAACUGCUGUCUACACAAUCGAAAAUAGAGAUGUUGUUGUGAUUGGAAGCACAGAAAGAGCACUUAAAGAGGCAGAGAAGAGGAUAAAUACAGUUCUUACAACAAAACUCCUCGUUGUAGAAGAUCAAGGUGUCCUUCAAAUGCCGGAGUGGCUGGAUCUCAAAAAACAACUGGAGAAUUUGUUCAGUACUCUCAAAAAGAUAUCUGUGUUAAUAAACCUUUCCAAAAAGAGAGACAAAGUAAUAGUGACUGGAUUCAGAAAACCUGUAAUGGAGGUCAGUGAGAACUUAGGACGUUUCAUUGAGAAACACACUAAAAUCGUAGAAGAGGUUCAUGUCAAAUCACAUGCUGUGGUUGAUUUCAUUAAAGACAGAAAAUCACAAGACUGCCAGCAUUUCAUUAAGUCUAAUGAAGUGAAAGUGAGUUUUGAUUCAAUGAGACCCUUGAUCAAACUGUCUGGAGAGCGUACAUUUGUCCAACCAGCUGUGACUUUCUUUAAAUCUUUAGCAGAUGCUCUUUACACAGACACACUGAUCAUUAAAAAGGCAGGAGCAAAGAAAUACUUCAUGGAGCAUGGUAAAAUGAUGAUCUCGAUGCUCUUGAAGGAAAAAAGUUUUGUGGUGGUUCCUCAGGAAGAUGAUAUGCUGGAUGCAGAGGAAGAUGAAUUUACUGAAGGUAGCUUUGAAGAUAUUGGCCAGGUCUCUUGUGAGGUUCAAGUGCCAGGUGGAGUAACUGUUACUGUCAGGAAGGAAGACAUUUGCAAGAUCAAUGUUGAUGCUGUGGUCAAUGCUGCAAAUGAAGAUCUGAAGCACACUGGUGGUGUAGCUUUAGCACUCCUCCAAGCUGCUGGACCAAGUCUGCAGCAAAUCUGUGACCAACACACAAAAACAAAUGGGGCUCUGAAGCCUGGAGAUGCCUUCAUCACUGACGCUGGUCGUCUUCCCUGUAAAUAUGUGGUGCAUGCUGUUGGACCUCGUUUUAGUGAUUCAGACAGACCUACCACAGUGCAACGCCUGAGACAUGCUGUGAGGGAAAGUCUGAACCAGGCGUCAAGCAAAAACUGCUCCUCCAUUGCAAUCCCAGUUAUUAGUUCAGGGAUAUUUGGUUGUCCUCUUGAUCUUUGCACUGAAACAAUUGCCAAGGAGGUGCGUGACUACAUUGAUGAUCAUAACCACAGAGGGUCCAGAAGCACAUUAACUAAGAUUCACUUCGUUGAUAAUAAUGACAACACUGUGAAUGCCAUGACUCAAGCUGUCAGAAAGGAGUUUGCUGCUUACAACCCCAAAAUAACUUUCCCUCAUCAAACCAAACCUCAUGGGUAUGGACCAGGCUAUCGUGGUCAUGGCCGUGGUCAUGGUCGUGGUCGUGGCCGUGGCCAUGGGCAUGGCCGUGGUCGUGGAAACUAUGGCCAAAGAAACCAAGAGUUUAAAGGUUCCAAAGGCCGUGGUAAUAGAGUCUCUGAAGGAAAAGCACACUGGAAAAGAGAUACCUCAAACUCUGGUGGCAGACCAGAUAUAUCUGAGGGGCUGAGUGUUCUGGACACCAAAACUGCACAAGAUGGACUAAAAAUCAUUCUGAGCAAAGGGAACAUCCAGGAUGCACAUGCUGAUGUCAUUGUAAACACUAUAUCGGAAGACUUGGACCUCAGAAAAGGUGCCGUCUCUAACGCACUCCUCCAGACUGCUGGUCAUCAGCUCCAGUCAGAAAUCACCAGAGCUGCUCGUUCAAAGAAUGUAAAUUAUGGUGAAAUGCUCAUUACAGAUGGUUAUAAACUGAAAUGUCAAAAAGUCUUCCAUGUGGUUUGCCCAUUUUGGAAGCAAGGCUCAAAAGAUGAGGUACUCACUCAGAUCAUUAGAAAUUGCCUGAAAAAAGCAGAAAGCUGGAGAAUGGCUUCAGUCGUCCUCCCAGCUAUUGGGACUGGGAAUCUUGGCUUUCCUAAAGAUCUGGUGGCCAGAAUCAUUCUGAAAGAAGUCCAGGAAUUUAAGCCUACAAACCUUCGAGAGGUAACUGUGAUUGUGCACCCUUCUGACAAGGAGAGUGUAGAGUGCUUUACCAGCAUCUUUAGACAUGGGAUUCAGGGUCCCGUCACAAAAGAAGUACAUCGACAUGUCAUGCCGAAAAUGAAUAUUUCUGGCAUAUCAGCUCAGGCCUCUGAGCUUGUUAGCAAAGUCUCCUCUUCCUCUCGUGGAGUGCACACUAUGCAGCUGGGUCAAGUGACUCUGGAGGUUUCUUCAGGAGACAUAACUAAAGAAAAAACUGAUGCCAUUGUCAACUCCUCAAAUAAGACAUUUUCUCUGAAAGCAGGAGUAUCUAAGGCAAUUUUAGAUGCUGCUGGAGUAAAGGUGGAACAAGAAUGUUCACAGAUUGUGGGAUCAUCAAAUACACAGCAAACAGAGAUUAUGACUUCAGCCGGGCGGCUUCCAUGUGGAAACAUCAUCCAUAUUAUUGGACGUAACAGUUCAUCUGAAAUUAAGGAAGUUGUUUUGUCUGUUCUGAAGUUAUGUGAAUCACGUCAUAUUACUUCUGUUGCCUUCCCGGCUCUUGGCACUGGUCAGGCUGGUGCAAAACCAGCUGAUGUUGCAGAUGCAAUGGUUGAUGCAGUUGUUGGCUUUGUAAAGAAAAAGAAACCGGUGCAUGUAGGGCUUGUGAAGUUUCUUAUAUUCCAGACGAACAUGGUGGCAGACUUCCACCAAAGCAUGAUCAGAAGAUCUGGUGAGAAAGUGGAGAAGGAUAAAGGUCUGCUUACCAAAUAUAAAGACUUGUCUGGAGGGGAAAUUUCAGAAUUUCCCACAAAUGAAGAGUUUGUGAUGGUGGAAGAAGAAAUUGAGCCAGCUGUGUUUCAGCUGUGUGGUGAGACACCAGAGGACCUGAGUGAAGCCAGGGACAUGAUCAACAGCAUGAUAUUACGGGAGCAUGUGACCAUCCCAAUCCAUGAUCCAGCCAUUGCUCAUUUCACCAGGGAGGAUGUAGAAACACUGAAUGCCAUGCAGAGAGAGCUCACAGUCAGUGUCCAGCUUGAGAAGAAAGGCCAAGGCUCUGUCAUCACACUGGAGGGUCUGACAAGAGACAUUCACACUGCAAGGAGUCGUAUUCGGGACAUAAUCAGAAAGGUGGAAAGGAAUGAAACCCGAAAAAGUGAGGCUUUUAUAAUCAGAAAUGUGGUUAAGUGGCAAUAUCAGGAAAAUGGACGCACCAUCAAACACUUUGAUAUAUUGACCAAUUAUGACCUGGAACAGGCCUUUCAGAAGAGACAGCCUUCAGUGAAAAUCAAGAUUAAUAAUGAAGAAUAUGAGGCUGAUUUAGUUCGCAAAGAGGCCACAAGAGGGAGAUUGAGGAUUCAGUUAAAUAGAGUAGAACUUGAAGAUUGAAAAAGUCCAGAACUGUGCACUUUGGAGAUACUACAUGAUCAAAAAGGUGUGACUGGAAGAUAAAAACAACAAAAACAAUGAAAAACAUCUGUUACAUUGAUGUGGCCCUGAUGACAGAUCAGAUCAAACAUCACGACUUCAAUCGCAGCUUCGUUGGCAUGAAUGGUAUCAGUCAAAUUCAGUAUAAACUAUUUGUAGGAGCCAUGUAUGGUACAUAUUUUUGUUACUCAGCCCAAGGCUAAACCUAAUGCCAACACACAUAAACAGAUGUCCUUUGCCAAGAUAUUUGUCUGCGAUUUCACUCAAGGAGUGAAAUUUUGCUAACCCUGCGAAGAGCUCCAAUAGUGCUGAUCUCUAUAACAGUAAGACUGACAAGACCAACCCAACAAUGUUUGUGAUCUUCAGUAAGGUACAUGUUUACCCAGACUAUCUAAUCAAUUUCCAAUAAUGAUUAUGAGAUCUCAGUUUCUGUUAGUGUUUUUGUUGCUGUUUUACAUUGAUUUGGUGAAGCUAAGCAUAAUCUAUAAAAAUAUAACCUAAAUAUUUAAUGGCAGGAAUUACAGUAAUUAUUACAAUGCUCAUACAUUACCAAAAAGAGAGAAAGAGAGAGAGAAAUCUCUAAAGCUUCAUCCAAUCCUCAGAACUAUUAGAUUGUACCAUUUAGCUGGUUUCCUGGCACACACAAUAAGAUGUUUAAUCCCCUUAUACCUAAUCAGCAGUUGUUUGUUUACAUAUAUUGAAGUAUUGUCAAACAAGGAAAAUAGUUUGUGCUGAACAUAUUUAGGAUUAUGUAUAUGGGGAUUAAAGAAGCACAAUGAUUAAAAUUAGACACCAUUAUGCAACAGUAAAAGAACUUCACUGAAUCAUAAUUGUAAAUUCUAAUUCUUUUCUACAUUUUGUAAACAUCCUAAAUUAAUAUUUUCUGUGGCUGUUUCAAUAUUUCUGUGCAAUUUUGCACUUGACAUUUAUACUAUACAAUAAUCACUUUAAUAUUUAAAUAUAAAAUAAUGAAAUAAUACAAAAAAUUAAGGUAACAAAAAUCUGAAUUAGUUCUAAGUGCAAUAAGAAAGUAUUGAGUUCUUGUCUUGGAGAAAAGUUUAAUAGUUUUCCAUUACAGUUUUUCUCACUCACUUUGGUACACCAGAAAUUGUGAAAACUGUUUAACCUCCUCACUUGUGAAUAUCAUAGCAAUUUCUCAUUAUUUUGAACAAAUUGACAUUCAUACAAUUGACUAUGUACAGUUGUCUGCAGUUUGCUGCAUUAUCAAUUGCUUGUAAUGUUGAUCAAAAUAUAUUAUACUGGUUCUCUGUUGAACAGGCAUUAAUUCAUUGCAUAAGUCAUUAAAUGCAAAAUGGUUGACCUAGUUGUAAUAAUUGUAAUUAUAUAUACAUUUGUAAUGUGUCCUGAAAUGUUGAAUUGCACAAUUUACAGUAAUCUUGAUUUUCACUAAUGAAGGGUAACGUAAAGCAAAAGGUGACUGGCAUUGCAACAAAAAUAUUACCACUAUAUAUGUCUUUGAGUUUCGAUUGAAAUGGAAUUUUCUGUAUGACAUGAUAUACUGAACAGUUUAUUAUAAUGAAGUUAUAUACUGUACAACUUAAUGAAUGUGUCUAAGGAUGCUCUGAAUGUAACGUGUGAUACAUGUUUUGAAAGAAAACAAGUCAAAUGAGACACUGUCUGAAGAAAAAGAGUUUUAUAAGUAAAUGAACAGAACAGCUUUGGACUUGA